AUGCAGGGCAAUCAAUCCGAGCACGAAAUUUCCUGUUUCUAUCUUGGCGACUCAUCCUUCCAUAAAGCUCAUGAACGGUUUAAAAUCAACCUUGUUACAGCCACUAUUAACAUUGUUACAGUUCCAGUCGGCGUUGUUGCAAAUUUACUGAUUGUCACCGCCAUCUUUAGCUGUCUUCGUCUACGAACUCCCUCUAAUCUGUUGAAAGCUUUUCUGGCGCUUUCUGAUUUGUUCGUAUCCCUAACAGUCCAGCCCGGGUAUAUCACAUACAGGCUUUUGGAAAACCAGCUUCGUUUAGUUCCUUGUUUUGUGAGGAUUAUGUAUCAUCUGGCUUUUUUCAGUUGCUUUGGAGUGUCUUUUAUGACUUUGAGUGCUGUCAGCUAUGAGCGCUUCGUAGCUGUUCGACUGCAAGUCAGAUACAAUGAUUUCUUCUCUUCGACACGAGUUGUGAAAUAUGUUCUGAUCAUAUGGACCCUGAAUAUUUUGUUAACUGCUCUAAAAUGGACUGCUAUUGAAUCCGCAGUCGAAAACAUCCAUCUCAUGGUAUGGUCAGUUUGCCUUCUCGUUUCUGUAGCCACGCUCGCAAAAAACAUAUCUAUCCUCGUCGGAGUGUACUUGAUUUUAAACUUCCCUGUGUUGUUCACUUUAAUAUAUGAUCAAAUAUUGAGACUUAACUUACAAACUAACAACCACUAAAGCUGGACGGAGACGCUUGCCUUUUUUUAUUCUUAUACCAAUCCAUUAAUAUGCUAUUGGAAAAAUGUAGAGGUAUGUCAAAAAGUUAAAGGAUAUCUUGAAGAAGCUGGUUUGUCAAUAAAUACCACGUUUACCGGAAGGUGCUAA